AUGCAGCCGCUGGGCAUCGCUUCUGCGGCGCUUGACGUGCUCAACGUCCCUGCGGACGCCGGGAGGCAGCAUGUGCAUCCCGUGCCGAGUGCGGGCCGGGCGGGCCGCGUGCUGCGCGUGCCCGAGACCGCGGUUGCAUCGCAUGCGCUGCACGCCGCGACGUGUGCACUUCCAGUGCUUGGCGACGAAGCGUUUGUGCUUGCGCGCGUCCUGUACCAAGGCACAGAGUUGGAGCUACGCAUCAUGUGUGUAGACGAUGUGCCGCCCGUCUCUAUGUCGUUCCAGGCCCCCCUACUUGCCAACGUCGGUGUAUUCGAAGACCCCACCACGAGCACGAUCCAUGUCCUGUGCGUGUCGAGUGUCGGGUUUGUGUACCGUCUUACCAUCCCCAUUGCUGCUAUUGUGCGCAACCACCCUCUCCCUUCCCGCUGGGUGCAAGAGCAACCGGUCGACAUACUCCAAGCCGACGACGCGCCGGAAGCAACCCUGGUGUAUGCCAUCGACGCGGGCCUGCUCCUUGUCGCGUGUGCCGACGGCACGCUUGUGCGUCUUGAGCAAGAGAACAUGGGCGACGGAAGCUAUGCGAGGACAUGGCGCGAGUCGAGCAUGCGCCCGUCGAGUUUCCUCUCGGGCGUCUCGCGUCUUUUUCACCGCAACACGGCGUCGCCCUCUGCGAGCGCAAAGCGCGCGCCGAGCCCUACCCAGACUCUUUCUGUAGCGACGCAUGUGCGCGAGAACGAUGCUGCGCUUGCGUUUUGCGUAUGCCGCGAUCGCAAGCUGCGGAUCUGGAACAUGGUAAGCGAAACGUGUAUCCGCACCCUCUCGCUCCCUUCUUCGUACACGGCCGCCGCAAAUAAUGUUUCUGCCGCGGAGGAGGAGAUGGAAGGGGAUGCAUUUGAGCGCAGUCCCCCUUUGGUGCAGCUAUUCUACCCCUCCGAAGCGGGCGCUGCCUAUGCGCUGUACCUGCUGCUUUUUAUCCCUGCGCCGCUCCCGGGCGGUGCAUUUGUGGUUGCCUACGGCGUCGAGCUCGAGGAAAGCAGCAGCUGGUCUGGCGGUGUGGGCGAGAUCGCGCUGGUGUGGGGCAAGGCGUGCGACGCGCGCACCCAUGCAGCCGACGUCGAGCUGCGCGACAUGGCGCUUAGCGUCGACCAAGGCGUCUGGCACAUCUGGCUUUUGUGGCACGCCGGUGGAGCGCCCCUCUUGCAGCACACGCUCGCACUGCAAGAGGACGAUGGGCGCGGCGGCCAGGAGAUCACACGCCGCGGCGCACGCCCCCAGGAAGCAUGGUCAACCACUGGCGCCUACGCACAGUACGCGCCGCUGCGUGGCCCCGACUUUGACGCGGCGCUCGCCGCGCUGCACGGCGUGCAGGACACGGCGCAGUUCUUUUUGGAGCGUCUGCUUGUGCCCGCGCGAUUCAGCAGCACAACGCUCGCUGCAGCACUGCGCGUCUACACCGGCGAGACGCAAGAUCUCGCGCGCAUGCAGCAGCGCACGCGUCUUGCGGAAGCCAUAUGCACCAUUGUUGCUGGCCACGCAGUGCCUCCUGCCGACGCCAGUGCCCAGAGCCCCUCGUUUACCGAACAAGCGCGCGCGCAGUGGCUUCGAUUCUCGCGGAUCGUCGAGCAGAUCGACCGCAACGCGCACUGGCCCUUGCGCCUUUGCAUGCUGCCUGUAUCUCCCACGCCGCUCAUCCUUGCGCGCCAUACGCUGGAAGCGGUCGUGGAAAAAGACGCGGGUGCAUGGGUGUACGAGCUGUCGCUGACACUCGCGCGUGCCGCACAGCAUCCCGAGCGUCCCAUGUCGCGCGCGCUUGGCGAGGCGGCCAGCAGUGAGUUUGCCGCGACGGUGAAUGCCAUGGCGCUCGAUGCUGCGUAUGCAGAGCACACUUCCGAGCCGUACACCCUUGUGCGCCACGGCGGCGCCUCGCUCCUGCAAUGGAGCACGUUGUGUGCCGAAGUGUACGUGGCGCUUGGCGCGCGUAUGCACGCCAUGUUUGCAUCGAUUGUGCGCGAUGCUGUGUGUGCCGAAGACGGGGCCACAUUGAUCGCUGCAGCCAUUGCGCCGGAGCAUGCCGCCGACAUGAUGCGUGCGUACAUUGGCAACGUGGGCGGCGAGGCGCUCGUCCAGCAUGCACAGACCUCGCUGCAUCUCUUGUUUGCGCCGCUGCGCUGCAGUGCGCCGCAGUGCGACGCAUUGCUGCGGAUGCUGGGUGCGGAAGCGGCCGCUUCCAUGCUCCGCGCGCGCUGCGCGGGCCUCGAGGCGCUGAUUGCAGCGCUUGCGCUUGUGCUGCGCCACGCCCAGCACCCUGGCCUGCAAGACAUACUUACCCAAGCGCUGCGCGCCUGGCAGCACGCCACGGCGCUGUAUACGCUCAGCGCGCAAAGUGCGCUUCCCGAAACAAUCGCCUUUUCGGUGGACGCCAUUCCUUUUUCGCACCUGCGCCUCACGGCGUCUGCGCCCGCAGUGCAUCUGCUCGCGUUCCUUGCCCAGGUGCGUGCCGGGACGUGCACAUUGGCGCGGCGCGCCUGCUUUAACGUGUGCCUCGACAUGGGCGAGCUGCCGCUGGGGCGCGGCACGGCCGCGCCGCUUGCCAUCUUGCAUCUCGCGCGCGUCCUAUUGGCGAACCAGUUUCCUUCUGCGGCGCGCCGCAUCCUGGCGCUCUACACGCCCGACGCGGCCGCCGUGUACCUGACCGCGGUCGCAGAUACGUGCCUUGCGCGGUGCGCCGCGGCGCUCCAUGGCUUUGUGUGUGCUGCUGCUGUGCUUGGGCAUGAUUCAGAUGCGCGUACGCGGCUCCUUGCUGUGCUGCCGCAAAAGAUGGACUUGUUUGCCUUUUGGAUGCACGCCGCGUCGCAUCUCGACGCCGCUGGCGAUGUGCACAGCGCGCUGCAGUGCUUUGAGCAUGCGCGUACUGCGCUGCACGACCAUGUCUCAAAGCUCGACGCGCAGGAGCUCUGGUCGCGUCUCUUUGGCGCCGCAUUGGCGCUCGGCGCGUACGAACGCGCGGCGACGAUCGUGAUGCAGAUUCCACUCGAGGCGCUGGGCCAAGUUUGCCUGCAGCGCCUCGUUACAGCGCUCUGCGAGGCCGACGUCGGCCUCCUGCUCCAGCUGCACUUUGGCGCGCUGCAGCCGCAGGUGGAGCGCACGCUCAGCUUCCACGCGCGGAAUGCGGAGCCGCGCGCAGAGCCCAACUAUUUCCAUGUUUUGUACGCAUACCAUACGAGCCGCGGCGACUACAAGAGUGCCGCGGCAUCGAUGUACCAAUACGCGCGCCGCCUGCGCUACGCGGCUUUUGCCGCGUGCGAGAAAGAUACGCCGCGUGUUGCUGUGGAGCAAGCGCAGAGCUACCUUGCGGCGAUCAAUGCGCUGGCCUUGCUGCCAGCGGCGCAGGCAUGGUUUGCACAUGCGCUCACCGACGAGCUCACCGACGGUGCCGCGCCCGCAAGCAUGCCCGUGGCCUCUGCCAAAGCGCUCACCGGACGCCUCACGUCUUUUAUUCCCUCCAGCGCCAAGGCACUGUCGCUCGCCAUUGUGCAGCUGGCCGAUGUGCGCCGCGAGUACAACGAGCUGCUUGCACGGCUCGAGCUCAUGCGCCUCUACCCAGCCCUCGCGCACCCAGCCGCGGCGCUGCGCGCAGAAGACGCCGUGAAUCUCUUUCUCGCCGCGGACAAUUUCGACGCGGCGUUCUGCACCGCACACGCGCUUGCGGUCGAUAUGCGCAACGCAUUCGACGCGCUCGUCCAACGGUGUGUCGCGCUCACGCGCGCGGACGCGCGCAGAAAAGAGCGCCUCCAGUUUGAGGAAUGCGAUACGUCGCCCGACACCGCGCUCCAGCGUCUUGUUCUUGAAGACGAGGAGGGCGCGGACAUGGAGGCUGCAUUCCUGCGCCGCUCGCCACGCGCCGCGAGCUGGACAGGGCGUGUGCACGCGCGUGCGUGGAAGUUUCUGCGUCUGCAGCUCUCGCUCGUCGAGCACGCCGCGCACGCGGCGACAUACCGCGCCGCCAUUGCCGACCGCCUCGUCGCGCUCGACGCGUGGUCGAUUGCCCCCCCCUGGCUCCACGACUGGUUCCGGGAGCACGCGCCGGAUGUUUUUUUGCGUAUCCAGAUGCGGCAUGGGCGCCUGCUCGACGCGCUGACGUACGCGCAAGCGCUUGUGCAAGCGUCGCAAAGCGCCGCGCGUACGGGCGAGGUGCCACGUGCGCCAGGGCUGCCGUACACGCUUUUUGAUAGUCUGCUGGCCGCGUCGACGACGCAAGACACGCGCGCCGCCGCGCAAGCGCUGCGUGCUGCGCUGGAUGCGCGCCUCGGCGCCGUGCAGCAGUGCCAGGACCGCGCGCAGUGCUAG